UCUGGAAACGCACAGUGCGACAUCGCGCUUUGGAUAAACCGCAUGGACAAUUUCUUUUAGCAUCCUAAACCGGACAGUGUCGUGGAGCAUCUUAACCGGACAAAGUGUCAUCAUCUCUGAAACUAGACAGAAUUCCUAUUCUUAUGAAACUACAUAAUAUAACUUAAUUCUUGAAGCAGGAUAAUGCCAUAUGUCAUUGAAACUUGAUAGUAUUCAACAGUCCUUGGAACUGAGCAUUGUUUCAUAUCCCCUGGAACCAAACAGUGUAUUCCAGCCCCAUUAUAUUGUAGAGCUUCUGGAAUAACAGUUGCCAUGAAAACCAUCAAAGAUUUCUUACAAGUCAACAAAACCUGUUUUCUGGUAAACUUUGGAAGUGUAACACUGAUGUUUAUAGGUUUGUGGAAUUCAGUAACUGCAGUAGGAGAAUGUUCAAUGUUCAAAUCUUCCCUCAGGAAUAAUCUACAGAACAUGACAAUUCCUACUCGUGAAUUGUGGACAGAAGCAAAUGUCAGGACGCCAUUCCGAUGCGCGGAACAGUGUAAAAAUGACGACGCCUGUGUGAGUUUCUUCUACAAUCAGGAUUCUCUAUCAUGUGUUGGACAUUCCAUAACAUUGGGAAUUACAAAUGGAUCCAUGCCUGCCGUCGGCAAUAAAUAUUAUGUGGGUGAAGUCGGUGAACGUUAUAUAGGCGAUGUCUGUACUACGUCCUCGGAUUGUUACGUCACAGAAUCGGAGUGUCUCAAAGGAGCUUGUUGGUGCGCCGCUGGAUACAGCUUUUGGCCAAGUUCGAGAUCAUGUGUCCAAUACUGCACCACAUACGGGAAUGAUUUCACCGAAGUGUUUGGUUACUUUCUCAGUGAAAAUAACGAGGAGACCAUUCUUAAUGUAACAUUUGAAUCUUGUACUCAGUCAUGUGUGUCGGCUACACUGUACACGUGCGUCACGUUCGAGUACGGUUGGAAAACCAGCGACUGCUUCCUCCAGAGUGUCACCAAAUUCGACAAACCAGCUAAUUGGUAUGAGGACACACUUGACCGUGGAUUCGCCCACUACCAGCGUGAUUGUCUUUGAAUGAUUGAUGAUCAGGCUUGUAAUUCCUAUCUAUUGCAUUGAUCAUAGUCUACCAUUCUACCAUGAGACUUUCUCUGGACGGGCGGUCUAUCUCAAUAUACUUGCUACUACAAAGGAGAUUGUAUCCGGAUGGGAAGACCAAUUCAUUAUUUUUGUUACUACAAAAGGAGCUUCUCUGUGGAUGGGCAGUCCAUCUCAUCAUUCUUGUUACAACAAAUGGCAUUUUUUCCGGACAGACGAUGUAUCUACCACAAAAGGAGCUUUUCUUUGGGCGUCAGUCCGUCUUCUCAUUCCUGUUAUAAAAUUAGGUUUCCUACGGAAAACACGGUCCCUCCUACCAUGCCUGUUAUCACAAAGGAGCUAUUGAGCGGUCGGACGGACCAUAUCGUCAUUCUUGUUACUGCAAAGUUGAUUUUCUCCGAACGAUUUUCUCCGGACAGACGGUUUACCUCUUCAUCGCCUAUUACCACAAAAGAGGUUUUUCUCUGGUUGAGGAACGGUCAAUCUCACCAGUCUUUUUACGCUCUACUCUUUUACUAGGAGAUUGUCUACGAAUUAACAGUUAAUUGUAUAUUUGGUCCAUGCUAAGUGCCUGACAAUUUGUGAUGUCUUUUGUGCUACCCGUUCUCUUUCUUCAUUAAGAUAUGUGAGGCGGCAUUAGCUGAAAGAUGUAUUUUGAAAAUAUUUUAAAUGUUUUAUUUCUCGCUUAACUCCCUUUAUUGCAUAUUGUCAAAUAAAUCAGUUUCAGAAAAGACGUAGUUCUCAAAAGAGAAACAAACAUAUUUGGAAAAAAUAAUCAAAACAAUGUUUCAACAACAGCUACCGAUUGCACAUGUUUUACACAGGUUUCUCGGAAUGAAAAAAACGUUCAUUAUUGUUCAAAAAUACGAAAGUGAUAGCAGAUUUUAGUUUAAAAACAUCUUAAACAUUACUGAUUUAGAUUUUGAUGAAAUUAUAUAGUCUCCAUAUAUGACCUCAUGUUCACGAUCAAUAGUAAAACUAAAACCAUGUCAGAAAUUUUAUCCCAAUCCGUGGUACAUCAAUUUAUAAUUU